AUGGCAGGGCGGGAUGGGAGCUCUGCAGAGCGUGACUCGAGAUCGGAUGGGGGUUGGGAUGAGUAUGGGGAUGAGUAUGGUGAGGAGGAGGGGAGAGAGGGGAGGGACGGGAGGGACGAGAGGGGAGGGAGGGAAGGGAGGGAGGGGAUAGAGGGACAGAUAGGGAAGGAUGAGAGGGAGGAGGAAGAGCAGGAGGAGCAGGAGGAGGAGGAGGAGGAUGUUUUUCCAGUAGCCACACCCCCUGCUCUUGCAAGAAAUUCGACUAAGGAAAAACAGAGGCCGGUCCAACGAUUGCAGAAGCAGGAGGAGGAGGUGGAGGAGGAGGAGGUGGAGGAGGAGGAGGUGGAGGAGGUGGAGAAAGAGAGAGAUUUAUGGGAGGAGGAAGAGGAGAAGGGGAAUAAGGAAAGGGAUUUAUGGGAGGAGGAGGAGGGCAUGGGGGAUGAGGAAAGAGAUGGGUGGCAAGAGCAGCCAACGGAGAAGCAGCAGAAGAGGCACGGGCAGCAGCAGCAGCAGCAGCAGCAGGAGGUAAAGUUGGGGGAGGAAGAGGAUGAGAAAGAAAGAAGAUUAUGGGAGGAGGAGGAGGAGAAGGAUUAUGAGGAAAGGAAUUUAUGGGAGGAGCAGCAAGAGAAGGAUAAGUGGGGUCGGCAAGAAAGGGACGAGUGGGGGCAACAGAGAGAGAGAGAGCAAGGGUUAGGGCAAGGGAAGCAGCAAGAACAGCGAAGGCAGCAGCACCAGGCGCAAGAAGAGGGGUAUCCAGAUGGCGGUUACAGGAAAAAUGGGUUUAGGGCAGCAGACAAUGGGGGGUACAACGAGGGCGAUCGGUACAAUGACUCUAACAACCAUGCUUAUAACGAGGACGACAGUUUCAAUGACAGCAAGAGCUUUGAUAGGACCGAGUCUUACAAUCAGAAUGAGGGUUACAAUAGGAGUAAGGGUUAUAAUGGAGACGGGGUGUACAGUGGUGAGGAUGUGGGGAGAAUUCGAAGAGAAGGCGAGAGGGGGGAAGGGGAGGGAGAAGAGGAGGAGGAGGAGGAGGAGGAGCAUCGUGAUUUGGAUGAUGAGGAGGAGGAGGAAGACGAUGAUGAUUCUGAUGAUGAUGAUGAUGUUGCGAUAGCUGUAGCUGCAGAUGCCAUAGCCCUCGAUGUGAACGGGCGGGAGCAUGGGAUGAGGGAAAGAAACUCUUACUCACACGCACAGGGGUUUAAGGAGCAAGGAAGAGAUGAGUCAGGCGAGAGGGCGUGGGAGGUGGAGGAGGGGGAGGAGGAAAGGCGAUCUUGGGUGGGUGGGCAGGAGGGGGGAGGGAUGAAUGGAGCUGGAGGGGUGAGUGGUGCUUUCAGGGAGUUAGGUGGUGGGAUGGCGCAGGAUGGGGAGGAGGAGGUGAAGGGGAAGGGCAAGAAGGGGAAAGUCAAGGGUGAGAAGGUUAAGAAGGUCAAGAAGAAAGUAAAGGAGGAGAAGGAGAAGGAGGGGAAGGAAGGGAAGGAAGGGAAGGAGGGCAAGGGGAAGAAAGUAGUAAAGGUGAAAAAGCAGGUGAAGGAGAAGGAGGGGAAGGAGAAGGAAGGGAAAGAGAAGGAAGGGAAGGAAAAGGAGGGGAAGGUUGAGAAGGUGAAGAAGAUUAAGAAGAAGCUGCAACUGCAGCAGCCUUUGCAGCAGGAACAGGACGACGGGGAAAUUUUCGACCGUCAGAGGGAGCAGUACAAGCGAUCUCAGUCGUUAGAUCACGGCAAGCAUGCCGCCCAGCUGGCAUCAGCUUCGGAACAUGCCCUGCCACACAAUCUGAGCUUCGUGUCGCCGCCACAUCAUCAUGCGAAUCAAAUCUCCACCCCGCACCGUGUGUCGCCGCCCAGUAACAUCUGCAUGCCGCCCCACCAUGUGUCGCCGCCCAGUAACAUCUGCAUGCCGCCCCACCAUGUGUCGCCGCCCAGUAACAUCUGCAUGCCGCCCCACCACGUGUCGCCACCGGCCGAUCGCGUCUUCCCGCCGCCCAAUCACGUCUCCCCGCCCCAUUAUGCCGGCAUGCAACAACAUGCAUCACCGGCCAAUCACAUGCCUCCAGCAUACUACUCGGCCUCAUCGCCACGUCAUCACGGCAUGGGGCAAGGCAUGGGGCAAGGCAUGGGGCAAGGGAUGGGGCAAGGGAUGGGGCAAAGCACAGGUUAUGGCAUGGAGCAUGGGGUUGAAAUGAUGACAGCAACAGGCAAUCAUGGCAGGAUGGGGAGCGAUAUGAGCCAAGGCAUGGGCUAUGGCAUGGAGCAUGGGGUUGGGAUGGUGGCAGCAACAGCGCAUCCGCAGCAUGGCCGGAUGGGGAGCGAUAUGAGCCAUGGCAUGGGACAUGAGCAGGAAUUCCAUACCCCCUAUGGGGUAGGCAUGAUGGCAGCAGCAGGGCAUCAUGGUAGAAUGGGAAGUGACAUGAGUCACGGCAUGGGGCACGAGCAGCAGGAAUGCCAAACUCCCUAUGGGUUAGGUAUGAUGGCAGCAGCAGGGCAUCAUGGCAUAAUGGGGAGUGACAUGAGUCAUGGCAUGGGGCACGAGCAGCAGGAAUGCCAGGCUUCCUAUGAGCAACCUCAGAAAGCGUUCGGGGCACAACGAGCGGCUUUCGAGGCGCCUCCGAAGCAGGGGUGGGAUUCGAGGCGUGGCGGGGGGGGGCAUGGGGAACAGAGGCAGCAGAUGGGGGUUGGGAUGGGUGAGGAGGAGAUAAACAGCGGUAAUGAUGCACGGGCGGCGGACAGGUGGCGGAACGUGAUAGGCCGGCCGUUGGAGCGGGUGGAGGAGAGAUAUGAGAUGGUGGGGGAGGUGCUGGGGAGGGGGUACUUUGGGGAUGUGGUGGUGUGUCGGGAGCGGCGGACAGGAGAGUAUAUGGCGUGUAAAGUGAUCAAGAAAGCAAACAUCAUGAGCGAGGAUGAUGCAGAGGACGUGAUGAACGAGGUGGCAGCGCUGGACACGGUGCGCGGGCACCCCCAUAUUGUGCAACUCGUGGAGACCAUAGAGGACGAACAGGUGGGUGCUUUGGGUGAGGAUAGAGGAGGGGGAGAUGGGUGCUGCUAUGAGACAGUAGGGGACGUGAUGAAUGAGGUGGCGGUGCUGGACUCAGUGCGAGGCCACCCCGACAUCGUGCAGCUCACAAUAGAAGACGUGAUGAACGAGGUAGCGGCGCUGGACACGGUGCGCGGGCACCCCCAUAUUGUGCAACUCGUGGAGACCAUAGAGGACGAACAGGUGGGUGCUUUGGGUGAGGAUAGAGGAGGGGGAGAUGGGUGCUGCUAUGAGACAGUAGGGGACGUGAUGAAUGAGGUGGCGGUGCUGGACUCAGUGCGAGGCCACCCCCACAUCGUGCAGCUCGCGCCUCAAAAGGAGUCGGUGCGAGGGCACCCUCAUAUUGUUCAACUCAUGGAAAGAGUGGAGGACGAGCAGGUGGGUGCUACUAGGCAGGUGAAUCGUGGUGGAGGUGGCAACAUUAGACACGGUACCUCAUCCUCCACCUCUGUGAGGGCGGCACACUGCAGCAAGCCGUCCGGAACCAAGCGUUCUGGGGCGCUGUUAGACUUUGCCCCUGUUUGCAUCUCCCCUUCAAAUCCCUCCUCCCCCCGUCCUUCCCCUCACUUCAACCCCCAGGCCGCCAUCUACCUCAUCCUCGACCUCUGUGAGGGCGGCACACUGCAGCAUGCCAUCGGCAAUCAAGGCUUCUGGGGCAUUGUUUGCUCCCUCUCAGAUAUUCUCCCCGUUGUCUCCCUCCCCAUCUCUCUCCCCCUCUCCCAGGCCAUCUACCUCAUCCUCGACCUCUGUGAGGGCGGCACACUGCAGCAUGCCGUCCGGAACGAAGGCCCCUUGAACGAGCGGCGGGCGGCGGCGGUUUGUCAGGGAGUGGCGGCGGCGCUGCAGUGGUGCCACGGGUGUGGGGUGAUGCACCGCGAUGUGAAGCCGGAUAAUAUUCUCCUCGUGCGGCGCGGGGAUGAUACCUACGUCAAACUCGCCGACUUUGGAAUAUCCCUCUUCUUCCAGCAAGGUGUGUCCUGCAGGGAGACAGUGGGGUCAGCCGCGUUUAUAGCUCCAGAAAUGCUGCAGCACUCCUACUCCCACACAGUCGACGUCUGGUCCCUCGGCUGUGUGCUCUUCUUCCUCCUCGCGGGGGUCGUGCCCUUCCGAGGCGCCUCCAAGGAGGAGACGUUCGAGCGAAUCAUGGAGUGCCACGUGGACAGGGCCUUGCGGUUACCGCCGUGGCCGAGAGUGUCUCCCGGAGCGAAGGACCUGGUGCGGCGGCUGCUGACAAGGGACCCGCGUGAUAGAAUCACCCUUGAAGAAGUUCUUCGCACUGGCAGUCCUAGCAACCUCCCUCUGUCUGUGACCAUCUGUCCCCUCUCUUCCUUGCCCCACCCGAUCCCUUCCCCACCUCCCUUGCUCUCGUUUGUGUUGUGUCACAUUUCUGCAGGUCACCCAUGGAUCACCGGCAACUAG